CUGCCGGUCUCGAGUUAGUCUGACUCGUGACACGCUAGCGUGAGGGUCGCCGGUGAACCGCUCUUGCCACGCACGUAAAACAAUGCCGUUUGGCGUUUCCGCAACUUUGAUGAAUCAAAGCGUCGCUGCGACCCACCCCAGCGACUAAACGACGUAUGAGUACGAGGACAGUGCCUGUAAAUAUUCACGUUUUGUUUGGUUUUUUAUUCGGCCGCGGACGCUGCCCGUGUUUUCGCCGGUGGGACCGCGCUUUACGAGUACCUACGGGCUUUGAUGAGGCGAAGGUCCGGUCUGGUGGUUUAUGCUGAUUUUGGAGAAGUUGUGCAGACCACGUGCUAAGAUGGAGCGUGGGAAAAACGAGGGAUUUUCGGUUUUCAAGUUGUUUGUCUUUGUGACGGUGCUGGUGGAACUCAAGUUUGAUGUCAAUGCCGAUUUUGAGAAUAGUUGGACCAUGUACAUGGAGCAGCCGUGCUGCUCGGGGACGGGAAGUCACCAUGUCAGGCAUCAUAGAGAUCAUGUGCGAGAGUUCUCUUGUGGGAUGUUAUACUACCGCACGUUCUACGUGGACAGCAAAAGAGAUUCGCUUUACGUCGGAGCAAUGGACCGCGUCUACCGGCUGAACCUGAGCAACAUCAACCAAUCCAGUUGCGAGAGGGACGCUCUAAACCUCGAACCCACCAACGUGGCCAGCUGCGUAUCCAAAGGCAAAUCAGAGCACUUCGACUGUCGCAACCACAUCCGAGUGAUCCAACCGAUGGGAGAUGGUCAUAGGUUGUACAUCUGCGGGACCAACGCUCACAAUCCAAAGGACUGGGUGGUAAAUGGGAAUUUGACGCACCUCAGUCGCAACACGUUCGUUCCGGGAAUAGGACUGGGCAUCGCCAAGUGUCCCUACGAUCCUGCAGACAAUUCGACAGCAGUUUGGGUGGAAAAGGGAAACCCCGGAGACCUGCCAGGACUCUACUCCGGAACCAAUGCGGAGUUUACCAAGGCAGACACAGUCAUUUUCAGAACCGACCUCUACAAUCUAACCACCGGCAGGAAGGAAUUCAACUUCAAGAGGACGCUCAAGUACGACUCCAAGUGGUUGGACAAGCCGAACUUUGUGGGUUCAUUCGAUAUCGGCGAUUACGUUUUGUUCUUCUUCAGAGAAACCGCCGUCGAAUACAUCAACUGUGGUAAAAGCGUUUACUCGAGAGUGGCGCGAGUUUGCAAAAAGGACACCGGAGGAAAGAAUAUCCUCUCGCAAAACUGGGCCACUUAUCUCAAAGCUAGACUCAACUGCUCCAUUCCGGGAGAAUUUCCUUUCUAUUUCAAUGAAAUACAGAGCAUAUACAAAGUCCCGGGAGAUGACACCAAGUUCUAUGGGACGUUCACUACUUCGACGAACGGUCUGAUGGGUUCGGCGAUUUGCUCGUUCACGUUGGACGACAUCCAGUCGGCCUUUAGUGGUAAAUUUAAAGAACAGGCGUCUUCGUCCUCGGCUUGGCUGCCGGUUUUGACCAGUAGGGUCCCGGAACCGCGACCUGGAACCUGCGUUAACGACACGGAGACCCUUCCCGAUACCGUCCUGAACUUCAUAAGGUCCCAUCCUCUGAUGGAUUCGGCUGUGAUGCACGACUACGAGAAACCGGUGUUCUUCAAGCGGGACGUCUUCUUCACGAGACUAGUCGUAGACAAAAUAAAGGUGGAUAUAGGGGGCGCUGUUUUGGAUUACACCGUUUAUUACGCUGGAACUAACGACGGCCGCGUGCACAAGAUCGUGGAAUGGCAACGCGACAGCGACGGAACAUCCUCAAUCUUAUUAGAUGUCUUUGAUGUGACGCCCGGGGAGCCAAUUCAAGUUAUGGAAAUUUCAAAAGAACAUAAAGCUUUGUUCGUCGCUUCUGAUUAUAGAGUGAAACAAGUGGACCUAGUUAUGUGUAACAGAAGGUACGAUAAUUGCCUCAGGUGCGUCCAUGACCCCUACUGCGGUUGGGAUAAGGAUUCUAAUGUAUGCAAACCUUAUUCGCCUGGAUUGUUGCAAGAUGUAUCGAACAGCACCGUGGAUGUUUGCGAUAGCAGCGUCGUUAAGAAGAAAAUGAUCGUGACGUGGGGGCAAAGUUUACACUUGGGGUGUUUCUUGAAAAUGCCGGCAGUUUUAGCGUCGCAAACCAUCACCUGGUACCAUUAUUCGAAGGAAAAGGGUCGCUACAAAAUCCAGUAUAGGCCCGACAAAUACAUCGAAACGUCCGAACACGGUCUGGUCAUCAUUGCUGUAACUGAGGCAGACGCGGGUCGCUACGAUUGCUGGAUGGGUGCGUCUUUGCUGUGUUCGUACAACGUGACGGUGGAUGCCCAUCGUUGCUCGCCUCCUGCCAAAAGCAACGACUACCAGAAGAUCUACUCGGACUGGUGCCACGAGUUCGAGAAGUACAAGUCGGCGAUGAAGACUUGGGAGAAGAAGCAAGCUCAAUGCGCUUCUCGCCAGAACGACAGCAACCAAAAUAGUCACCCAAAUGAAAUAUACAGGCCACUAGUCUGAUAGCUCGUUCAGCGCGGUCCGCUUGCUCUCACGUUUUUAGGAAUUCCAUUGUACUGGACUAUGGUUCUUUUUGUGUAAAUAUUUUCGUAGGUAUAUUGAUAAACUACCAAAGUGAAUUCAACGAUCAAUCAGUGAAAGUGCCCUGUUUAUUUGUGAUGGACUCGAGAAGAGGAGAGUGAGUGCUUAAAAUGUGCUUUUAACUUUUAAAAAGUUCGUCUUGUUUUGCAAGUUUGGUAGGACAUUUCGAUGUAAAGGUUCUGCAUCGGUUUGACCCGUUGAUUUCUAUUUUUGUAUUUGUUUUUCGGAAAUUCUCUAAAUAUUGUAGGUCUGUGAUAUAUAUGUACCGUAAUUUCUUGAUUGAUUUUAAGAGUUUGACAUUGGAUAUUUGCAAAACAAUCAGCUUCAGACAAACUGAUAACUCCGGACCAAAGUGAAUGGACUUUACUGUUAACGGCGGUUAGUUAAAUCCGACAUAUUGUAAUUUUAGUGCGUAUUCAAAGCAAUACUUUUCGCUUGCAAAGUGUUGGUCCCUUAAAAUAUAUACCCAUUGUAAAUACGUUCCAGGAUUAAAAUUUAUUUCACUUUUGAGUUGAGUCACGAAAACAGAUCUUUUCGGAUUCAGAGAUUUUUAUGAAUUUACGGAGAUUAUUUGAGUGACUGAAACGUUCAAAAGAUCUGUUGUGCGCAUGUUUUAUUCGUAUUUAAGGACAAUCACUUGAACAGAUUAUAUAUAUAUUUUCGUUCACGACAAGGAUCCGUUUAUUUGCAAGUACGUAAUAAUUGACGAGAUUGUAAAAUAUUCAUCACAUAUUGUUAUCAUAUUUCAGAAAUCUUAUAGUAUUGUUUGUUUUAAUGAUAUUGUACUCCUGUAAAUACCUAUGUAUAGUUAUUUAUAACAUCUAUGUAAUUUAUACUACAUUGUAGAAAUUACAAUAAGACGUUUCCUGUAGCUAAGCUUCAUUUCAUUUGACGCAACUUUUAGUUAGUUCGACGUUUCGUUGACACAACAUGACACAAUAAUUUUAAAAUAAUAGGAAAUACAUAUCUUUGUCUGCAAUAAAUUGAAAGUAGUUUAUCUUGUUGUACUGAUCUUCGGUUAUUGUAAGAAAAUGUGCUUUACCGCUAAUUUUACCCAAAAUUGUAGAUAAGUAUUCUUGUUACGAAUUUAAAAAGUAGAGAUUUUCAUAACUAGUGACUUCACUUCUAUGAAGUGAUUGAAAUAUUUAUAGUAUUAG